AGCUGCGUACCAGUCAAAGCCAAUGCCUACAUGUGUGCAAGUAUGCGUGCAUGCAUUUUGAUUGUGCCGAAUGCUGAUUUUAUUUCGUGUACUUCCGGAUAUUUUGCAUGCAUUCAUUGCAUACAAUUACUGGAUUUACGGACUCUGUUCAGUGAAGCCCACUGCAGGUAAAUCUGAUCAUUAAUGAGUGACAACAUGGAGGAAAGCCCUCCCGCACCACCGGUGCGCUACACCAGCACUGGAGGCACGUUGAAAUCUGACGCGUCUAGCCCAGGAUCCAAGCCCCUCCCCAGCACACCCACAGAUGAUGAGAAGAAGAAGAGGAAAAUCAAGAUGCCAUGGCAAGGCAAAAAUGAAGAUAAAAGUUCCAAGCAGCGGCCGGAGAUCAGCUACCCUACCAGCUUUGAGCACACUGUGCACGUUGGCUUCGAUAGCAUCACUGGAGAAUUCACGGGUAUGCCAGAGCAUUGGGCCAAGCUGUUGAUGUCAUCUCAGAUCACUAAGACAGAGCAGAAGAAGAACCCACAGGCCGUCUUGGAUGCUCUCAAAUUCUACGACGACAGCAACGCCAACCGAAACGAGAAGUUUAUGACUCAACAGAAAGUCAUCCUGAGCAGCAAUAACAAAGGAUCUCUGGAGGACACAUUUGAACAAACGUCACUCAACGCAAAGCACGGCCAAAAGUCUGUCGACGUUGAGGAAGAUGAGGAUGAUGAUAAUGGGCCAGCACCAGCCAUCGCACCUCGGCCUGAACACACCAAGUCUAAGUAUUACUCCAGGAUUGAGCCCCCAGCUGAGCCCGCCCCAACCCCAGUCUCCCCACCGCCGCCUGCCGCUAUCAACAAUGCUGAAGGCAGUGUCCAGAGAACGAGAGAAAGACAGAAGAAGAAGAAGAUGAGUGAUGACGAGAUCUUGGACAAACUGAGGCAAAUUGUCAGCGUUGGUGAUCCCAAGAAGAAAUACACCAAGUGUGAGAAGAUUGGUCAGGGAGCGUCUGGAGUCGUCUACACAGCGAUAGAAGUUGGCACUGGGCAAGAGGUUGCUAUCAAGCAGAUGAAUCUCCAACAGCAACCCAAGAAAGAGUUGAUCAUCAAUGAGAUCCUCGUCAUGCGAGAGAAUAAGAACCCAAACAUUGUCAAUUAUCUGGACAGCUAUCUGGUGGGGGGUGAACUCUGGGUCGUGAUGGAGUUUUUGGCCGGCGGUUCCUUGACGGAUGUUGUGACUGAGACAUGUAUGGAUGAGGGUCAGAUUGCCAGUGUGUGUAGAGAGUGUUUGCAAGCCCUGGAGUUCCUUCAUCGCAAUCACGUCAUCCACAGAGAUAUCAAGAGUGACAAUAUUCUUCUGGGAAUGGACGGUGGUGUCAAACUCACUGAUUUCGGCUUCUGUGCCCAAAUAACUCCCGAGCAGAGCAAGCGCACAACGAUGGUGGGCACGCCAUAUUGGAUGGCCCCAGAGGUCGUGACCCGUAAGCAGUAUGGGCCAAAGGUCGAUAUCUGGUCCCUGGGUAUCAUGGCUAUUGAGAUGAUAGAAGGAGAGCCGCCGUAUCUGAAUGAGAAUCCUCUCAGGGCCUUGUACCUUAUUGCAACCAAUGGAACACCAGAAAUCCAAAACCCGGAGAAGUUGUCGCCGGUCUUCAAGGAUUUCUUGGCCCAGUGUCUAGAGACCGACGUGGAUAAGCGUGUUGGCAGCAGUGAACUCUUAGUGCAUCCCUUCUUGAAGAUGGCCAAACCUCUUAAGACAUUGGUGCCACUGAUCAUGGCAGCCAAGGAAGCAAGCCAACGCCACUAGUCUCCGUCACAAGCCUGACUAUCAGCAUCUCCAUUGGUCACUAGUCUCCUUCACAAGUCUUUUCGUCUUGGCGCCUGUUGUACAUGUAUGUUCCAUUCUUGUUUGAGGUUUUAUUAUAAGUAGAUUGGACUUUUCUCCAGCAUUAAGCUGAUGACAUCACAUUUGCAGCUGUUGGAGUCACGUCCAGGCAAUUUACCAUUUUCAGAUGUUUUAUUUGUACUAAUUGCGUAAUAUGAUUUCUGGGUUCAUUUGUACAUGAUUUCUUUUGUUAUACACUUUUUGACUCUAUUUUUUAUUUGUUUUCAGUUUUAACUCAAAUGAUGUGCCUUUAUCGUGUAGGGCUGUCCAUUUUUCGAAUAAUUAAGUAUUCGAUUAUUAAAAACUGUGUUUGACCGAAAAUUUGAAUAUUCGAAACUUGCUGAUCAAGUUUACAUGCGACAGCUGCACCUGCGUGCCACGCCCGUCAAAAGUUGCACACAAAGUGCGCAGAUUAAAAUUUGUAUGCAGUGAUCAAUGUUGUGACAGCCCUAUUAGUGUAGCAAGGGUGUAACAGUAUUGGAAUACAUGAAUAAUUCAGUUGCUGAUGUGACUUCAUCAAAUCUUCUCUAAUCAUGUACAGUGUGACAUCUGAGGUUUCAUUCAAAUAUAUCAUAUGAAAUUCAGACAGUGUUGAAAGCAUAUCAUUUGAAGAGUUUUUUUUUAACGACGCAUUUUCUUUUCCAUAGUCAAAGGAAACCUGAGGGUGAGUGUUUUUCAAAAUGUCUUUUUUUUACUUUUUAUUAAGUAGAUUUCAUUACAUUGUAAAAUUGGUACAUAAAUAUUGUGAAAAUUUUACUUUCAUUGGCAUGCCUACUUUGUCCUGUAUAAAUAGGGUAAUGUGUAAGUAUUUUAAGUAAAAAUGGUAUUUCAUAUCGAGUAAUCCUUGUCAGUUUUAAUUUUGCAAGAGAUCCUAGUUAUUGGGUUUUUUUAACUUUUAGACCGCGUGUUUAGCAUUGACCAGUGUUGAAUUUGAUGUCUUAAUUUAAGGUGCUGUAAAACUGAAAAUUGCAUAGUAUUUUGUUUCAAGUUCACCAGUUGUGGCUAAGACAAGGAGAACCAUGUUAUAUUCGGUCCUGAUGAAUUUAGAAAACUGAUAACUAAUGACAGUGUAUGCUACAUGGAGGGCAGUGUGUUUUGUACAUGUUAUGUGAGCGGAGAGUAAGUUAAGGAGACGUCAUAUGAGCAACUCGAGUUGUUUGAACUGUUUGAUAUAUUUUGUAUAAUAUUUUAAUUUGGUAUAAUGUGAAAAGCCAAACGCUGAACUUAAUAAGAGAUUGCAUGGUGUAUAUUAAUCUAAAUGCAGACUGGAGGUAUAUUACCUAUGCAAAGUGUGCCUGUCGUAAACUUGGUCCACAGCAGUUUGAACAAAUGCAUGGAACUUUAUACAGCAUAUUUCAGUGUCCAGCAUGGAUGCCUUUUUUGUUUAAUUUGAAGCCAGAUCACAGAGGUACGACAAGUAAAAACACUGCUUGUUAUAGACUAUGGAAAAAUAACAUACCUUUAAGAACAGUGAAUGUUUAGCUUGACCAGACAUUCGUGAUGUCACAUUAUAGCAUUUACAUUAUAGUUUGGUUGCGGUACCCACUGCUAUAUGAGAUUCGAACCAGCCAGCCGACCCUGGCAAGCAGGGCUCGUGGGUUAGCAUCUCACCUGAGUGAUUUGUUUCUCACAAUUACUCGGGACAACACUGGGUAUACAGUGUUCAUAAAAAUACAUCGGUGAACGGCAAAUACCAACAUUGAAUUGAUUUAUGCUUCUGUUCUUUAAAAAAAAAA